AUUACAACUUUUUAGUGCCCUACAACCCCCGGUAUAAAGCCUUUAUGCAACCCAUAACAAACCAUUUUCUCCCCUCAAGAGCCCGAACAAAUCUGAAAAAAAUGCAGAAGGCUGUCCCCUUCACCUUCUGCUUUCUUCUUCUACAACUUUUAGUAAACAUCCAAGCACUCACUUCACCUCAAGAUAUUUCAGCUCUCAAAGCCUUCAAGGCCGCCAUCAAGCCAAAUUCCAUCCCACCAUGGUCGUGCCUGGGCUCAUGGGACUUCUCCUCCGACCCAUGUGCCCUCCCACGCCGGAGUCACUUCCUCUGCGCCGUUACCUGCUCUCCUGACUCAAGUAGAAUAAUUCAGAUCACUCUUGAUGCCGCCAGCUACUCCGGCCAACUCACCCCUCUUAUUUCCCAGCUCACCCAACUCACCACUCUUGAUCUCUCUGACAACAACUUCUUCGGUCCGGUACCUUCCUCCAUUUCCUCCCUCUCCAACCUUCAAACCCUGAGUCUCCGGUCCAACUGGUUCUCAGGCCCGGUCCCUGCCUCGUUGACUUGGCUAAAAUCGCUUGAAUUUCUAGACCUUUCCCACAAUUCUCUCACCGGAACUUUGCCGAACACCAUGAACGCACUUUCUAGUUUGAGCAGACUCGAUCUAAGUUACAACAAACUCACUGGAUCAAUCCCGAAAUUGCCGAGUAAUUUAUUAGAACUCGCCAUGAAGAGCAAUUCCCUAUCUGGGUAUAUCCCAAAACCGUCUUUUGACGGGUUGACUCGGUUGGAGGUGAUCGAACUCGGUGAAAACUCGUUCACCGGAACACUGGAAUCGUGGUUCUUCCUCCUCCCCUCAAUCCAACAAGUUGAUCUGGCCAACAACAGCCUGACACGCGUCGAGAUCUCGAAACCCAUUAAUGGUAACAGCGACCUGGUAGCGGUGGAUCUCGGUUUUAACAAAAUCGAGGGCAACGUCCCCGUGAAUUUCACUGACUACCCACAGCUGUCGUCGCUGUCGCUCCGUUACAACCGCUUACGUGGCGCGAUCCCAUUGGAAUACAGCAAGAAAAAGUCACUGCGGCGGCUGUUUCUGGACGGGAACUUCCUGAUCGGGAAACCGCCGGCUGGGUUUUUCGCCGGUAGCGAAGUGGUGUCAGGUAGCUUCGGAGACAAUUGUCUGAAAGGAUGUCCGGGUAAGUCUCAGCUGUGCACUCCGUCGCAGAAGCCGUAUGCGAUCUGCAAGCAAGCUUACGGCGGAAAAGGAAAACCGAGGUCGUAGUGUAUCAGAUUGUCAGUAAAUAUUUUUAAUUUUUUUUUAUCUCAAAAAAAUAAUACGGAAAUGUUUUUUUAUAUAUUUUAUUUUUUGUUUAUAAAAAUAUGUGUGUAUAAAAACUUAGAAAGGGUGCCGAGUUGGUGCCUUGAGUGUGAAGGAUAAUAAUAAUGUUGAUAAUAAUGGUUAAUGACUUAA